AACAGCCCCAAACCGCCUUUCUGCUACAUUCAGUUAAAGAAGUUGCAUGAACGAUAUCAAGUCCUGUGCACUUUAUGAUGUUUUACACAGAGUCGUUAUUACAUUGAUCUUUAAAGUCUGCUUACAAUUCAAAUAUAGAAAAAUGAAAUAAUUCUUUCAUUUAUUUAUUAAAGCAGUGGCAGAUUGUUUUCAUCGGUGUUAAAAACGUUCGCACGCGUUUCUCUUUACAGGAGGGAGAUUUCCAUACUUUCCCAUCUGCAAAGGAACGCGGCGCUACGUGACGUCACUGCGCGUCCGGCGCUUUAAAGACCCCCGAGCGUCCAAACUCACCGGACAGACAGCCACGAUGACUGCGAAAAACAGAAGUAAGAUCAGUUCGCACACGAACGACAAAAGCCCCGCGGUCCAGCACGAUGACGCGGUGAAGAAGAGCCCGAAGAACGCGGGUCCGAGCGCGCUCAUGAAGUUGAUCUCUGCGCUGUUUUAUCUGACGCUCGCAGGAGGCGCGGUGCUCGCGGCGCUUUAUUUCCAACAAGUGUCAUCUGAGGUCCAACUUCUGAACCUGAAACACGAAGAAUCGACGGAGAGAUACACAGAGGUGGCGCGUGAGGUGGAGCGCGCGCUUCGACAGAUGAGUUCAGUGAAGGAAUCUCUGGAGGGUUUGGAGUCGGCCGUGGUCGGUGUUAAAGCUGACCUACAGAGCUCGAGUCGUGCGGUGCAGAGAGGAGAAGCCGACAACCGUCGUCUGGAGGAAACCUUGCAGAACCUCCAGAAUAAAAUCUUCAGAGAUCUGACAGACAGCAUUGAGGAGGUGAAGGACGCUCGGGAGCGGGACGUCUCGUCUUUGGAGCGAACCCUCGAGGAACGUCUGGCCCAGCUGAGCCGCUCCAUCGCCGAGAGCGUGUCGGAGUUCUCCGGAGAACAGAGCCGCUACAAGAAUGAACUUCAGGAGCUUAAAUCUCACCUGCAGGAGCAUCAGACGCCUGCGCUCCUCCAACAGGAGCUGACGUCCAUCAACAGCGCCGUGGCCAACCUCAACACCGCCAACGAGGUGUCCGAGGGUAACAUGGAGGUCCUGAGGGAGCAGAUCACCGCCGUGAGCGCCGAACUCCAGACCAGGAACAGAGAGGUAGCGUCUGUGUCGGAGGAGGUUGAGUCCGUGCGCUCGCUGAUGAGGAGCAUUGUGGGAACGAUACGGGAGGAGGUGUCAGCGGCUCGCACUGGCGCACAGGCCGCGUCCGACCAGGUCCAGGCUCUGAGCGACGGGCUGGAGCGCUCCGACGGGGCCCUUCAGACCCUGGAGACGCAGCUGAGGAAGGAACUGCUGAAGGUGGAGAGACGAGGAGAAGACGUGGAGGCCAGACUGAAGGCCACGGAGGAGAGCGAGGACUCGCUGACGGAGCAGACCAACAAACUGUACGAAUCUCUUACAGCAAAGUACGAAUCUCACCAGAGCUCGCUGCAGAACUACAGAACGGCGACGGAGACGCUGAGAGACGACGUGGAGGAGAUGAAGAGGAGUCUGAGUGAGGCUCAGGUGAGAUUACAGGCAGUGGAACUCAAGCUCGAGGCGGAGGGUUCGGAGGUAGUGCGAGAUCUCGAGAUGGCAAGAGAAGAGACGGAUGAAUCUGAAAUAAGCCAAACAGAGAUCUGAAUGGAUGAACUGCUGACGUCUACAAAUACCUGCACUGUAGUUUUUAUCUGUUCAGUUUUUAAAAGUGGAAUCAGGAUUGUAGUUGUUUUACAAUAAAAAUGUUUACAACCUUU